UCACAGCAGCAACAGUGUCUUUAAGAUGGCAAAUUCAGCAACCAAUCAAAACAUAACAUUUCGGAUCACAAAAUAUCCAUUUCGAACUUGCCGACAUUGCCCAAACAUCUCGCGGGUGAACAUUUCGGUUUCAAGCCGUUGUUAAAAGAAAACCAAAAUGGUUCGUUAAACGUAAAAGAUUGGCCACAAGAAUAAAUGCGCUCCUUUAUUCGUUAUUACUCUUCACUUACCUGAUAAAGAGCAGUACAGGGAAAGAUAGAGAGUCUUAUACACGGCCUCUACGCUCUUUCAUUAAGCUGGUUUCUUGAUUUUGUGUUCCUUUCGUGUUUCAAGUACUGGGUUUGGCUUUUUUGGGAGGUGAAAUAGUUAAUUGGAGGUUACAGUUUCCUAAGGAGAUUUGCAGAUGGGUAUUUUAAGUACUGUACUGGGUUUUUGUGGUUUUGGGGUGGGAACUUCAAUCGGGGCUGUGAUUGGAUACUACAUGUUCAUCUACUUUCAGCCAACUGAUGUCAAGGAUCCUGUAAUUCGUCCUUUAGUUGAACAAGAAUCGAAAACUUUGCAACGACUGCUCCCAGAAAUACCCCUUUGGGUGAAAAAUCCAGAUUAUGACCGCAUUGACUGGCUUAACAAAUUCAUUGGGACCAUGUGGCCUUACUUGGAUACGGCAAUUUGCAAGACUGCAAGGAAUAUAGCAAAACCCAUUAUUGCUGAGCAAAUUCCAAAAUAUAAAAUUGACUCUGUUGAAUUUGAAGAACUUACCUUGGGCUCCCUACCACCGACUUUUCAAGGAAUGAAAGUUUAUUUAACUGAUGAGAAAGAGCUGAUCAUUGAACCGUCAGUGAAAUGGGCUGGGAAUCCAAACAUCAUUGUUGCAGUUAAAGCAUUUGGCUUGAGAGCAACAGUUCAGGUGGUUGAUCUGCAAGUAUUUGCUGCUCCACGCGUCACGCUAAAGCCUCUGGUUCCUGCAUUUCCUUGUUUUGCCAAUAUAUUUGUCUCUCUCAUGGAAAAGCCCCAUGUUGACUUUGGACUGAAAUUGCUUGGAGCAGAUGCCAUGGCCAUUCCUGGCCUCUACAGAUUUGUCCAGGAGCUUAUAAAAGAUCAAGUCGCAAAUAUGUACUUAUGGCCCAAAUCCCUGCAAAUACCAGUCCUCGAUCCUGCAAAAGCUUCAAAGCGACCUGUUGGGAUUCUCACUGUGAAGGUUUUAAGGGCAAUGAAGCUUAAAAAGAAAGAUCUUCUUGGGGCAUCAGACCCUUACGUCAAAUUGAAGCUCACUGAAGAUAAGCUUCCUUCAAAGAAAACAACUGUGAAGCACAGAAACUUGAACCCUGAAUGGAAUGAAGAAUUUAACCUUGUCGUUAAAGACCCAGAAUCCCAGGCCUUGGAGAUUAAUGUUUAUGACUGGGAACAGGUUGGGAAACAUGAUAAGAUGGGUAUGAAUGUUGUUCCGUUGAAAGAGCUUACACCUGAUGAGCCAAAAGUUAUGACACUAGAACUGCUGAAAAAUAUGGACCCAAAUGAUCCUCAAAAUGAGAAGUCACGUGGGCAGAUUGUUGUGGAACUGACAUACAAACCUUUCAAGGACAAUGAAAUACCAAAUGAUACUGAAGAUCCAAAGGCUGUAGAAAAGGCUCCUGAAGGAACACCUACUGGUGGUGGCUUGUUUGUGGUUAUCGUACAUGAAGCUCAAGACGUGGAAGGAAAGCAUCAUACAAAUCCUUAUGUGAGAUUACUUUUCAGAGGGGAGGAGAGAAAAACUAAGCUUGUGAAGAAAAACAGAGAUCCAAGAUGGGAGGAGGAUUUUCAGUUCAUGCUAGAGGAGCCACCCACAAAUGAUAAACUUCAUGUGGAAGUUUGUAGUGCCUCCACAAGGAUGGGUCUUCUCCAUCCCAAGGAAACUUUGGGUUAUGUGGAUAUAAACCUAGCUGAUGUGGUUAACAACAAGAGAAUCAACGAGAAGUAUCAUCUUAUCGACUCGAGGAAUGGUCGGGUUCAAAUAGAAUUACAGUGGAGAACUUCUUAAAAAAAAUGUUGCACUUGGGUAAGUAUUUUACAGUGGAGAACUUCGUAAAAAAAAAAAAUGCUGCGAUUGGGUAAGUAUUUCCAGUGGAAAACAUUCAGUUGUGCCUGGCUUCUUUUGAUGGUGAAUUAAUGCAGAGUACCAUACUCUGUUUUCUGAACCGACUCUGUAAUUCACUGUAAGAAUCAUGUAAAAAUGUAAUUUUUCUGACACCUGUUCCGAGGGUCAGGGAAAUCCGGCAUUGUUUUGUCAUAUAAAGGAAAUAAAUGACUUUUUUCUUUUUGGUGUAGAA